ACAAAAGGAAAGCAGCUGCUAAGCAUCCUGAGAAAGGAGAGGGGAGAGAGACCCACAGAAACAGGGUCCGGGGACAGUGGAAGGGCCUGGGGCUGCCAUCUGGGAGCCAGCCCCAGACCCCUGCCCCCAAGGGCUGGAGGGGCUGAGACAGACAGACAUCCUUCAGACAGACAGAUGGAGGAGACAGGGAAGGGCUGUCAGAGCCUGAGAGACCAGACAGACUGACAGAGGGAGGAGGAUAGGGACAAGGACACAAAGAGAGGGACAAGGAGAAGGGACAGGGCAGGGCAGGGAAGAAGAAAGGGAAAGAAAGAAGGGAAGGGGAAGGAGGAGAAGGAGAAGAAGGCAGAGGAGAACAGAGGUGCUGGGCCAGAGCACCAGGAGCCUUUGAAGCUGCAGACUGUGUCCCCAGGGCCAGGGGUCAGGCCAGGUCACCAGCGUCGUCGGGCAGGCCUGCAGCAUGAAUGGCCCCGCACUCCUGAGGAGAAAUGCUAGCAAACGGGGCCUGGAGAAGCUGCUGAGGCUCACAACUCAGUGGAGAGAAGAAGACGAGGAAGAGGCUGCCCGUGAGCAGCGUCAGCGGGAGCGAGAGAGGCAGCUACAGGACCAGGACAAAGAUGAAGAUGAAGGUGGCCAUUCCCUGGAGCAGCCAGGACAGCAGUCACUCAUCAGCCUGAAGUGCUCUGAACUGGAUGAAGAUGAGGGUUUUGGUGACUGGUCCCAAAAGCCGGAGCCACGGCAGCAAUUCUGGGGGAAUGAGGGGACUGCAGAGGGGACUGAACCCUCUCAAAGCGAGAGACCAGAGGAGAAACAAACAGAGGAGAGUUCUCACCAAGCCAAAGUCCAUUUGGAGGAGUCAAACCUGAGCUACAGGGAGCCCAAUCCAGAGGAUGCUGCUGGGGGUUCUGGGGAGGCCGAAGAGCAUCUGAUACGUCAUCAGGUCAGGACCCCCAGCCCUUUGGCCUUAGAAGACACUGUUGAGCUGAGUUCACCUCCCCUGAGCCCCACCACCAAACUGGCUGAUAGAACAGAGUCCCUGAACCGCUCCAUUAAAAAGAGCAACAGUGUGAAGAAGUCUCAACCAACCUUGCCCAUUUCCACAAUCGAUGAACGCCUGCGGCAGUAUGCCCAGGCCACUGAGUCUUCUGGCCGAACUCCUAAGCUGUCCCGCCAGCCCUCCAUAGAGCUACCCAGCAUGGCUGUAGCCAGUACCAAGACUCGUUGGGAAACAGGAGAGGUGCAGAGUCAGUCUGCUUCCAAGACACCCUUCUGCCAGGAUAUAGUAGCUGGAGACAUGAGCAAGAAAAGUCUGUGGGAGCAGAAAGGAGGCUCCAAGAUCUCAUCCACCAUCAAGAGCACCCCAUCUGGAAAGCGGUACAAGUUUGUGGCCACUGGACAUGGGAAGUACGAGAAAGUUCUUGUGGACGAGGGCUCAGCACCAUAGACCAUGUCUGCAUCCUGGAUAGACUCCAGCCAGAUGCCACUCCCAGCCCUGACCAAGAAAAUGCUUCCUGUUGACAGUCUGGCCUGCUCUCGUGCCUCCAACAACCAAGCUGCCACUAGCCUCUCCUUUUGAUCCUGGACCCUCCAUCUUCUCUGCCCUCUCAUCCUUUGACCAACCCUCCAACUCUGCUUCUCACCAUCAGCUAAAGGGACCAGUCCCUAGAGGAGCCAAGAGCUCCCAAGGAAGGAUGAAGGAUAGAAGACAAGCAUCCCAACCAGUUCCAAGGGGUGACUGUCCCCAUGCAGAAUGCUCAGGACUCUCGAGUCCUGCCCUGUGGCAGAUCCUUCAUUUUGUGCAAUAAAGUGCAUUGAGUGUCCCCUA